AUGUCCAUGCUUACUCGGAAUAGCCUAUUUAGCUUCACAGUAAUUAUUUUGCUCGAUCUGAUUUCAGUUCACUGCUUUCCGACAGGUGAGAUACACUCUUCUAAUAAUGAAAAAGAAGGAAGUUGGUCGGACUUAAGUGAUAUUCUGGAGAUGAACCAUUUCGAUCCUAGUUGGCAAGACGAAGUUCAAAGCGGUAAACAACAAGUCACAGACACCCAAGCCAUGAAUGCUAGCCUGCAAGCUAAUGAAGAGAACAAAAGUAAACCUAGAAAGAGAAAAAGUCGCAGUACACCGGAAGCUAGAGAAAAGCAAAGAAUCUACAGUCAAAAAUUCAAAGAUUCCUUGAAAACGAAUCCUUUAAAACGAGUGAAGUUCAACGAAAUGAGAAUGGUUCAAGAAAGAAAGCGGGAAGCGAAUAAAAUGUCUAAGAUGACAGAUAACGAAAGAGAAAUAUACCUUUUACAUAAAAAACAGACUAGGUCGCAUUACAGAAUCUCAAGUAAAGAGAAAUACGGUGGAUUUUCUUCUUUAAAAAUGAAGCGAUUACAUGAUAUACGAAUAAAAAAGGGAGAGGGUACAGCUACUGAAGAUGAUCUGAAAUAUCUGCAAGAUCACAAUUUGGCAAAGAGAAAAAACUAUGCUGCUCAUAAACAAAGGCAACAAAAAGAUUGA